AGUGCGGAGAUACGCCAUAAACACACGAAGUGAUCGCUGUCAGGUAGCCGGAGACGACGAACAUCUCGGCGGACCGCUUCAGCAGCAUUGACGCCCUGAGGUCCAGUUAAGCCCGUUCUUCUCCUCAGUGAGUCUGUUCUGCGGCUGAGUGAUGUCCACUGCUGCUCUGCUGAGUGUCGUCAGGGUCGGCGGACUUCACCUGCGGCGACGGGCUCUGCUAAACGUCCACCCCCUAUGGGACAGCAGCUUGCUUCUCCUCUCUACCUCCCCGGCCCGGAUCAGCAAUUCCCGGUUUGACCCCGAUGGCAGUGGCCGCCCCACCACAUGGGACACUUUUGGUAUCUGGGACAACCGCAUCGAUGAGCCCAUCUUGCUGCCAUCCAGCAUCCGUUACGGCACUCCCAUCCCCAAGGUGAGCCUGUCCAACGUGGGCAGCGCCUCUCAGAUCGGUCAGCGGAAGGAGAAUGAGGACCGCUUCCGCAUCUGCCCGUUAACGGACAACAUCCUCUACUUUGCUGUGUUCGAUGGCCACGGGGGGCCCCAAGCAGCAGACUACUGCCACAAGCACAUGGAGAAGGGAAUCAGGGACACAGUAGCCGUGGAGCAAAAUUUAGAAUUGGUUUUGACAAAAGCUUUCCUUGAAAUUGACAAGGCUCUAGAAAGUCAUUUGAAUGUCUCCGGGAACGCCUCCCUGCUCAACGCCGGCACCACUGCCACCGUGGCCCUGCUGAGGGAUGGAAUUGAGUUGGUGGUGGGCAGCGUGGGGGACAGCCGCGCCCUGCUGUGCCGCAAGGGCAAAGCCAUCAAGCUGACGGAGGACCACACUCCCGAGAGGAAGGACGAAAAGGAGAGGAUCAAGAGGAGUGGAGGCUUUGUGACAUGGAACAGUGUGGGUCAGGCCAAUGUUAAUGGCAGGCUGGCCAUGACACGCAGCAUCGGGGACUUUGACCUCAAGUCGAAGGGCGUGAUUGCUGAGCCCGAGACCAAGCGCAUCACGCUACAGCACGCCCACGACUCCUUCCUGGCCCUGACCACAGAUGGCAUCAACUUCAUCAUGAAUAGCCAGGAGAUCUGCGACAUCAUCAGCCAGUGCAGUGACCCCAAGGAGGCCACGCAGGUCAUCUCAGAGCAGGCACUGCAAUAUGGCACAGAGGACAACAGCACCAUCAUUAUUGUGCCGUUCGGCGCCUGGGGGAAGCACAAGGCAUCCAGUACCAGUUACUCCUUCAGCAGGAGCUUCGUGUCCAGCGGCCGCUGGGCCUGAGGUUGGAACUGGGCUGCUGGAUGGAACUGGGGUGCAACAAUGUUUUUGAGUGGAGCACACCCUGGGGGGCAUUAGAAGAAAGCACAUUGGGGUACAACUUGGGGAACACUAAUCGGAACACGCAGGAAAGCAUUCACAUCUCAGUGGGCCGUACUGUGUGUGUAUGAGCUGCUGCCUAUCCAAUAAUAAGAGGAACACAUAUUUUCAGAGUAGUUUUUUUUCAGUUCUUUUCGUGUGAGGAUGGGAGAAAUUUCUUUUGCACAUCCAGUGUUUCUGGGAGCCUAGAAGAUGUGUGCUACCCCAACAAUGGCCAACAAAAUCUGUAUAGAGCAGAUAGAGUUUAUAUUUUUUGGUUGAUUCCCUUGUACUGAGACUUAUAUCUCAGUCACAAGAAGAACUGAAUAUUACACUUUACCAUGAAGUGUUUUGCUGUAACCUUUGUGGCUUUCUAUGUAGACCUUGGAAGAAUUUGAGUAUCAAAAGAAAUCAGAUGGGGACGCUGGAGCAUAGAAUAUGAAUUCUGUUUUAAUUUACUGACUGUGGUUCAAAAGUAACUUUUUGUUUUUCUUUGGGUUCGUAUUUAAAUUCUUCUGAGCAAGUAUUGGGGUUACAAUAACUGAAAAAACACAGUUGCAGUGGUCCGCAGCUUAUCCCGGAAAGAAUAGGGCGCAAGGCGGAGCGCACCGUGGACAGGACUCCAGUGCAUCACAGGACGGUCUCACACUUACAGUAAGUGAUAAGUGCAAUUUAGGCUCACCAGUUCACUUGAAAUAUAUAUCAAGCAAACAUGCAAACUCUGCACAGAAUAGGACAGAUUUGAAAGCACAUCUUUACCCCCAGCCCAGGAGCUGUGAGGUAAUAGCGGUAUUGGCCACACCAUUUUUUCUACCCAUUUUGUUAUAAUUAAAGUUAAAAUAGAUACAUUCCAGGAGGUUCUUCUGUACAUGAGUUUUACUGAUGUUUAAAUUAUUUUGCUUGUUGCCUAUAAACAUAAUGAAAUAUUUUUGUAUGUUUCUCAGCUUCUUUAGAGAAUGCUUAAGUGUUCAGUCUCAGAGCUAUAUAUGUCUCCUAGCUGUUAUACAGUAGCAUUACAAGUUGGUUUGGCUGUUUCAUAGUAUAAAUCGGUGGAAUUCUAUAUGUGAUCAUAUUGUACUAUAUAUAUAUAUCAAUGGAGGGCACGCACUUUUUUGCUUGUUUUUGAUUGUAUUUUGCACUUUUUGGUACUCUGGAGUUUGGCUCAUGCACAGGCUUUCCUGUUAUUCAGCAGUGAGUGUUUGUGUGUGUUUGCCAGCCAUAAUAAUGUAAUAUUAUUAAUUAGGAAAAUGGUGAGAAAUUGUGAGAAAUCUCAGCUUACUGUAUUUUUUGUGGAUAAAAGAAUGUUUUUAAAAUGUAAGAUUUUCAGCACUGGAUUAUAUUUCAAGGGUAAUUGUUAUAAUUGCGUUCACAUUUUUCAAAUAUCAAUUUCAGCGCAGUACUGCUCUCAAUGUGUAGGACUGGGGAGCUGGUGAAAGAUAUAAUGCCAAUAUUUAUUUAUUUAUUUAUUUAUUUAUUAAUUUUUUGUUUUGGAGUAAAUAGUUGAUUAAAUUCAUACUGACAAAGAAGAUGUUGAAGACUAUUGAAAAAUAUGAUCUCACUACUGCUCUGCUUGGGGGGCAUUUUACUGCCAACUAGUGGUUGGUGUGACAACACAAGCUGUUUUCAGUUUUCAAUUUCAGUUUAGUUUGGCUUAUUGGCAUAACAAAUUUUGUAGUCUUGUAUUGCCAAAGCAUGGCUGAAAAGUUUUAUAAACAGUGUUUUGUAAUGAGAAAUUAUACAGUAUAUAUAUAUACACAUAUGUUUGUGUAUAUAAUCUAUAUACAUAUGUAUAUAUAAAUUACAGUUGAGCACUAAAUAAUCAGAUGUCUAACAAACUAAUACCUAAUAACUAUAACAAUAAAAUCUGUAAUACACACACACACACACUUUCAGAACCGCUUGUCCCAUACGGGGUGACGGGGAACCGGA